GAUUGAACCAAUUGUAAAUAAACAGAAGGUUGCGUGUGUUUUGGUUGUUGGAAAUUAGUCCUUUUGAUAUCUAUGAUAUUAUAAAUAUUUAUUUUUUGAAUUUUUUUCUGUAUAAAUUAAAAAUAACUUUCCUUAAUCGUUCAUGUAAUAAAUAUAAUUAUAUAAUGAGAUAAAAUAAUCCUUUUUUUUAUUAAAAUAAUCUUCAGAAAAUCUAAGCGAUUUCUUACAUGUUUUUGUAAAUAGUGUUAUUGCUAAUUCUCUACUAUUUACAUUUGUAUGCCGCCACUUUGAAUGACUUCUAAUACGAGUUUUAAUUUCAUUUUUUAUUAAAAACAAAGAAACAUUAUGUUUAGAGUAGUUAACUGUCUUCGAAGAGCAAAUCAACUACGAUAUAAUUUUUCGACCGUUAAUGCUUUGAGAUGUGAAGAGAAAAAGAAACCGAAAAAGAAAGUUUCCGAAACUGUAGAACUAGUCACUUUAGUAGAUACUAAUGAUAAAAUUUUAGGACUGAAACCAAAACCCGAAACAGAGAAAUUAGCAAGAAAAUUAAAUUUAAUGUUAGAAAGGGUAGAUGAUCCAAAAUAUGGUAAAGUAUAUCCUGCUUACAAAUUAAUGACAAAGGAAGAAAUUCUGAAAACUGAAUCAAAGGCAUCAACUGCAAGAGCAUUAAAAAAACUGCCUAUAAGUUGUCGAAUUUCAGACCAUGAUCUCAAAACUAAAGUUCAAACAAUUCAAAAGUGGAUCACAAAAAAUUGUGAAGUUCACGUUGCUAUCACAGGAAAUCAAGAAACUGCGGCAUUUAUAAAAAAAACUUUUGAAAGCAUGCAAGAACAAUUGAAAGAUGUUAGUAGAAUCAUUGAUGUAAGAAAAAAAGAAGAUGCAUUAAAAUUUAUUGUAUUACCACCAAAAAAUUCUUCCACAAAUAAGAAAGAGAAAAAUACAGAGUCUGAGAAAAUCAAAGACAACUCAUGAGCCCUGAAUAUUUGAAUAAUAUUCAGAACAAUAAUAACAAGAAGAAAGUUUUUCAAAUCUGUAAUGUUGAACAUUUUUUAUUGUAGAAAAAUAAACUUAAUAAGUUUUUAUAUA